AUGGCAGAGAGAGAACUACAACUGGACCAUGAGACAUUCAGCUGUUGCAUCUGCCUGGAUUUACUGAAGGAUCCAGUCACUAUUCCCUGUGGACACAGCUACUGCAUGAGCUGUGUUAACACUCACUGGAAUGGAGAGGUGGGUAAGCAGAGCUACAGCUGCCCUCAGUGCAGACAGAACUUCACCUGGAGACCCGUGCUAAUGAAAAACACUUUGUUGGCUGCACUGGUUGAAGAGCUCAGUAGAUGUGCACUCCCAGCUGCUCCAGUGGCACACUGCUCUGCUGCACAUGGAGAUGUGUCCUGUGAUUUGUGCUCUGUGAGGAAAGUGAAAGCUGUAAAAUCCUGCCUUCAGUGUCUGGUGUCUUACUGUAAAGAACAUCUUCAGCCUCAUUAUGACGUCGCUGCGUUAAAGAAGCACAAACUGGUGGAGCCCACUGAGAAUCUCCAAGACAACAUCUGCUCUCUACACGAUGAGGUCAUGAAGAUGUUCUGUCGCACUGACCAACAGUGUAUCUGUUACCUCUGCUCUGUGGAUGGACACAAAGGCCACGACACAGUGCUGGCUGUAACUAAAAGACAUGAAAUGCAACGAGAACUGGAAGAUAGUAUACAGAAGAUCCGUCAAAGAAUUCAGGAAAAACAGGAACAAGUGGAUUUACUGCAAAGUCAAACCGAUGAUGCCAUCCGAUGUGGUAACAAAGCCGUGGGGGAGACAGACAGGGUUUUUACACAGAUUGCUCGUCUUAUGGAAAGAACCAGGACAGAAGUUAAGAAACACAUUAGAGCUCAACAAGAAGCUGAGGAGCGCAGAGUCAAUGAGCUUCAGGACAAACUGCAACAGGAGAUCACUGAGCUGAAGAGGAGGUACAACAAUCUUGAGAGGCUUUCACACACUGAGGACCAUAGUGGCUUUAUUCUCACUUUUCCAUCUUUGUCCAAACUCAGUGAAGAGUCUGACUUUUCUGCCAGUGAGACUAGAUCGUUUUUGUUCUUAGACGUAGUUACAAGUGCAGUAGCUGAACUUAGGGAUAAACUUUUGGACCCUUCUGCUCUGGAUCAAGCCGCUGAUGAAGAGGACACAGGUCUCCCAGAAGACGAUGCUCACACAUCAGUGGAUUCAGAUGAGUGGCUCACUCUCCCAGAGAUGAAUUUCCAUGGACAAACAAUGCAUGGUUUCCAACAAGAGCUGGACACGCUGGCUCCAGAAAGAAUGUUCCAACUUCAAAAUGAGGUGACUUCAAGAGCUGAAUUGUUGUCAUACGCUCACAGUGUAACACUGGACCCAAACACAGCACACGCUCUGCUGUCGCUCAGUGCUGAAGAUGUUAUUGUGAGACACAUGAGCUCUGAGCAGGAGCAUCCUGAGCAUCCAGACAGGUUCACUGACUUUGCUCAGGUUCUAACCAAAGAGGCUCUGGCUGGCCGCUGUUACCUGGAAGUGAAAGGGAGGUGUGAGGAUUACUUUUCUGUUGUUGUGGCCAGCAAGGACAUUAGGAGAGAAGGGCCAUUUGAUGAAUGUAGUUUUGGCAACAACACCAUGUCUUGGGCUUUAGAUUGCUACAGUGAUGGCUACGUGUUUUGGCACAACAAAGUUAGCACUACUUUUACAGUCACACCUUCAAAAAAAAUUGGAAUAUUUGUGGAUUACAUCGCUGGAAUUGUGUCAUUUUACAGUGUGACUCAGGAAGUGGCUCUCAUCCACACCGUUCAGACCACGUUCACUCAGCCUCUACUGGCUGGUAUUUGGCUCAAGGAUGUAGCAGACUGUGCUGAGAUCUGCAACAUUUCCCAUCAUUAG